ACACGACACUAUAUAGAAAUGGAAAAUUUUACAAGCACUCCAAAACUUUCACUCCUAUCAAAAGUCAUUCUCUUCUCAUUAUUUUCAUGGGGAUUGACUUCAGGGUUCGUCCAUGAAAACUUUCUCCACUGUCUUCUUAACCAUUCUCACCCUUCCCAUCCAAUCUCCCCCGCCAUUUUCAGCCCACAAAGUUCCUCAUUUUCGUCUGUUUUGCGAUCCUACAUCCGGAAUCUCCGUUUCAACUCAACUUCAACUCCCAAACCUUUCCUUAUUAUCACUGCAUUGCAUGAAUCCCACGUUCAGAUUACCGUCGUUUGCGCCCGGAAACAUGGCCUGCAUAUGAAAAUCAGAAGCGGCGGCCAUGACUUUGAGGGGUUAUCUUAUAUCUCCCAAGUCCCUUUCUUCAUGCUCGACAUGUUUAAUCUUCACGCCGUUGAUGUUGACAUUGAAAGUAACACUGCCUGGGUUCAGACGGGAGCAAUUCUUGGAGAAGUUUAUUAUAAAAUUGCUGAGAAAAGUAAAACUCAUGGCUUCCCGGCCGGGGUUUGCCCCACAGUCGGUGUCGGUGGACACCUUAGCGGCGGAGGAUAUGGCAAUAUGAUGAGAAAAUACGGGCUCACUAUCGAUAAUAUCGUCGAUGCAAAGCUUGUGGAUGCUAACGGGAGGCUUCUGUAUAGAAAAUCCAUGGGGGAAGAUUUGUUUUGGGCUAUCAGAGGAGGUGGAGGAGCCAGUUUCGGAGUCAUUAUUGCUUAUAAAAUAAAUCUCGUUCCAGUUCCAGAAACAGUGACUUCGUUUCUGGUUAUAAGAACUCUAGAAUUACACAAUCUGACUGAGAUUGUGGAUCAAUGGCAGCAUGCCUCUUACAAGCUUCCUGAAGAGCUCUUCAUCCGACUCUUUUUUGACGUGGUUAAUAGGACUGUAAGGGGAAACUUCUGGGGAUUUUAUCUCGGUGGCUCUGAAAAUCUUCUUUCAAUCAUGAACGAGAGCUUUCCUCAACUGGGGUUAACUCAGCCCGACUGCUUCGAAUCGAGCUGGCUUGAAUCGACUAUUUUUUGGAGAGGUUUUCCGUCUGGUACUUCAACAAAUGUUUUACUAAAUCGUGCACCGGCGGCGCUGAGUUUCCUGAAGAGAAAGUCGGAUUAUGUGAGAAAGCCGAUUUCCAGAGAUGGCCUGGAAGGAAUCUGGAAGAAAAUGAUUGAUCUAGAAACACCAAUGUUGAUAUUCAACCCUUACGGAGGGAGAAUGGCGGAGAUUGCAGCGACGGCGACGCCAUUUCCGCACAGAGCUGGAAACUUAUGGAAGAUUGAGUACUUAACGAACUGGAAUCAAUCAGGGAAAGAGGCAGAAAAUUUUUACCUGGGUUUGAUUCGGGAGCUUUACGAUUACAUGACUCCAUUUGUGUCAAAGAAUCCGAGGCAGGCUUUUCUGAAUUACAGAGAUCUUGAUUUGGGGAUCAAUCACCAUGGAAACAGGAGCUACUUGGAAGGAAGAGUUUAUGGAAUCAAGUAUUUUAAGGGAAAUUUCAAGCGGUUGGUGAAGAUCAAGACCAGGGUUGAUCCUGAAAAUUUCUUCUGGAAUGAACAGAGUAUUCCAGUUCUUCCUGACUGAAAUAUGAAUAUUUUGGUAUAUAAUUUGUUAAUGUUCUCAUGUUUUACAGAUGUUUGAUUAUUGCAGUAAAAUUCGGUUCUUAUUAUUGUUGAAAA